UGCACAAAGUGCGAAAAGAGAAACAGAAAGUAACUUGCGAACACGAUAUGUAUGUAUAUAUGUACUUGUAGACGCGCAGCUAAAUUUGCUGCCGCUGCACAAGUUGCAGCAACGCAGUUCGGUUCACUGUUCAAUUUAUUGUACAUAUACAUACAUAUAAGCGCUAUGUACAACUGCAAUAACAAAAAAAAAAACAAAAAUACAACAAAAGUGACAAACAAAAAUGACAAACAAUUUAACAAAACUUUUCCAAACAAAGUUCAGUAGAAAAAUAGUAUUACAACCACAAAUAAGGGAAAAAUAAAACAACUACCACCAAUCGCCCAUCCCGUGAAAAAGUUGUGCUUAAAAUAUUAAUUUACACGCAUACAUACAUACAUAUGUACACAUGUAUAUGCAUGCAAGUGUAUAGAGAGUGAUUAUAUAAAGCAACACAAUUAAGUGUACGGUGUUACCAAAAUGAAAGUCUCGCAACAUCUAUAGUUAUAAGAAUAACAUCAAUUGGCAACCGUGGAGUCUGCAGUACCCGCCCAUUGGCGUGGGCCAACAAUUUCAUAAGUUAUAAAGCGACGCACGCAAUCAACGACGUGGGCGAUAUCAAUUACAUUGAUGGCAAUGUGUUUGCUACAACACAGCAUCUUAGUUCAUCUACUAAUUAAAUAUCUGUUGAUCCUGUGCGAAAAUGGCUUAUUGACAACAAGCAAAACAACAGGUAUGUAUCAAAUCAUCCUUCUUAAUGGCAUUCUUCUAAUUAGCGCUAACGGUAAUACAAUCAUCUCUGGACCAUUUCUGCAACUUGAAAAAUCAGAAACCACAAGAUUAUUAAUCACAAAACAUCAUCUGUAUCAUUAUCUUCCGUGCAUUGCCACCAUUGAGGAGAACUACUACGACAUUAGCAACGAAACACACUACUUUUACACCUGGUAUCGCAAUGAUCAAGCGGUGGAGACCCACAGCCGACGCAACGAAUUCAAAAUCUAUCGCAAUGGUACACUACGCUUGCCACCAACGGAGAAGGCGGCUGGCGCUUAUCGUUGUAAAAUCAAUGCUAACACAACCGCGGUGUUGUCGGAGCUUAUCAUGGUGGAAUAUCCUGUACUUAAACGCGUAACAGCUCCCGCCAAUAUAACCGCCACAACAGGUCAUCCACUCACGCUCGAGUGUCCGGUCGUAAGUGUGCCGCCAGCAAAUAUUACCUGGUUCUAUGGAAAUGUAUCGUUAUCAAAGCAAUUCGAAGACAACAGGUAUUUAAUACUUGCCAAUGGCACACUUGUGUUGCGGAAAUUGACUUUGGAUGCUGCGGGGCGCUAUAAAUGCGGGGCGCAAAAUCAAUUUGCCUCAAAGAUUCAUCGACAAUUUAUGUGGGCCUUAAAUGUCCAAGAUGAUCCUACAACAACAAGCCGCAAUGAGCUUUUACCCAGUCUACAAAAUACAACGCAGUAUGUAGCAACAGGCACCAGCUGUGAGCUACGUUGCUAUGAACAAAUUGAUGGGCAACCGAUCGAGUGGUGGUAUCGAACAACAUUGAAUGCCGCGCCACUGAAGAUCAGCAACCACAGCAAUGCAUACAACAUAGAACAAGCUAGCCAGGAGGCACAUCAAGGUUACUACUCUUGCGUUACGGGAAGAAGUAAUCAGACUUUUCAUGUGAUCGUUACCUCCCCACCGGUGAUCGUCGAACCGCUCGUCUCGUAUGAAACUUUGAUUACCGCUUCGUUGCAGUUUCGUUGCAGCGCCACCGGCAAUCCCCGGCCGGUGAUCAGCUGGUAUCACAACGGGGUUCCUCUCAACAGUUCCUAUACACGCUACAUCAUUGGCAACGAAUUGCAUAUACACUCCUUCGAUCCGAUUGAAGCAGGCAUUUAUCAAUGCUUUGCACGCAAUCUCGCCGGGGAGGUUUACAGCGCGGGAGAGUUGCGUUUUCGCAACAAAGGCGACGAGUUGUUACUAAAAAAUCCACUGCAGAAUAUACGCUGCUAUGCGCUCAGCUUUAAUACGAUCAAUGUGACUUUUGAGAGCAACUUUUUUGAGUCGCUCUUCAUUGUGCACAUUGUGCAGAAUAAUCCACAUCGGUGGAUUUCUCCAUUUGCCCCCAUGAAACUCAAUCAUACCUCACAUUUGGUCAUUUCGAGCCACCUACCUGUUUACCGUCCAUUUGAGCUGAUUACCCGCGUGCUUGUACCAACCUCGGAGAUACGUUUGGCCAAUAAGCCGCAGCAACAAACAAUACUUAGCUCGUUACGCAGCCCACCGGUGACAUGCUGCACUCAAGGAUUACUUUUACAUUUGGUUCACAUGGGCAAUGACACGUUUGUCACUUGGUCGCAACCCGAACUGGAGGGCAAGAAGUAUUUUAUAAUACAGUUAUCCUCUAAUUACACGCAACCACAUCCCAAGCAGCUGCUUAACCAAAGGCUACGCGGCACCACACAACAUGUGGAUCUAACGCCGCAGGAUGUCGCUCAGAAACUUUGUGAUAUCAGCGCGCUCAACGAGGCAGAGAUGCGCGCGGUGUUGAGAGGCGCUCAGGCGCAGUAUAUUGACAACAAUAGUCACGUGGAGUUGGAGGAGGAAUUAUUUAGUCUAGUUGUUCGAGCGAAUGUGACGGGAGUGUUGUUACCAAAUUUUCAACGCAUGAAAUUGCGCGUACUGAUUAUUACGCGUGAAAAUGAAAAUCUCAGGCAAGACUUUCGCUAUGUACAAUGGAAGACGGUCGAGAACGAUACUAACGAGCUAGCCAAUACACCAUUUCGCUUAAGUAUCGUGGAGUCACGCGUGCUCACCUUUCAUUUCCGCGAGGGUUUCAAUGAAUCUUGCGUUCACGUGUGUCAUUGGCAGAUACAAUUCCCCAUUAUACGUAAAGAGGAGCCGAAAUGCGAUCAAUUGCCAAUAACUAAUUCGCAAGUAGAGAUACGAGGUCUCAAGCCAUCGGAACGUUAUCGUGUGAAUUUCUUUAGCUGUGAAACGCAAACGUUCUAUGGGCAAGUGGAUAAGCAGACAUUGCCUGAUCCACCGGGCACCAUCAGCAAUCAACGAAUUAUACGGCACAAUGGCUUAAAGCUUCUUUGGGAUCCGCCCCUGCAGCCCAAUGGGAAGAUCCAUCACUAUAACAUUUUAUGGACGUUGGGCAAUGUGACGCACGAGGUGAAUGUUUUAGACUGUACUUCGUGUUCCUUUAAGUUUCCUAACAUCUCCGAGACGGCGAAAAUCAAUGUAACUGUACGCGUUGUAGGUGAAACCGGCGUCGGUGCUCCAAUUUUUAUCGAUUUGCGCAGCAUUAGCCACCAUUCGCUCGAAAUUGAAUGCCCUUCCAGCGAAUCGGAAGUUUACAGUGGCAUCAUAAUCGGUUCGUUGCUUUCUGUUGCCUGUGUGAUCAUAUUUGCAUUGCUGAUCGUUUUUCAACGACGUCGAUAUAAGGCGCGCACGCAGGGUCCCACACAUCUAAGUUCGCCAUCAGAUAUGAAUUUUGGCAAUUUGAAUAAUCCAAGCAUACCCAGCGAAAGCGCAGGUGGCUUAAGCGGCAGCACUUUUCAACAAGAUUGCCAUGAAAUGCAAACGCUGAUACCGAAAAGCGGGGGCUAUUUGGAUUUAAAUGCCACUCGCGCAAAAGAGUACCAGACUACGCAGCUGCCAAAUGGCAAUGGUAAUGGCAAAAUCAUACGACGGCAACUUACCGUCGAAAUGGAGCCGAAUGUCAGUGGCGCGUCGAACGAAAAUGAGCUGGAAGGUCGAGCGAAUGUGUCGCAGAUGCCUUUAUGCAGCUCAACACCAGAGAAGCCGCCACAAGAUGGAGCGCAUCCAUUUUUCAUACCCUUUAAGCAGACGCCGCCCAACACAGUGGCAACGGCGCUGCGCAAACAUAGUUCCUCAGGUAAUUAUGCCAACAGCGGUGGCGCGUGCAGCGUAGGCGGUGCGAGCGGUUAUAUCGUACCGCCAAAUACGCUGCCGUUUAUUUCAACGCCACCUACAACACUGACACUUGGCGUAGCUGGUCAACAGCGGAGCGGAAGCCUCAGCAGCAGCAGUUGCGGUGGUAGUGGUGGCGGCAGCGGUGCCGGCGGUCCUAACAGUAGUCGUAGUAGUAGCAGUAGCAGUAAGAAACAGUUCCAUGCAAAUUACUCUAAACAUUCCAAAUCGAAUGAUGUGAUUUGUUUGCUCGCGGACGAGGAGGUGGCAGCAACACUGACGCCAACUAGCGAAGCAGCCGUGGCGUUGGCAUUAACUAAUGGUUUCAAGACAGCAGCAACGGCGAGAGCCGUAGACGAUUGCUCAGCGCCAGCGUGUGCUACACGAACUACAAGGGACACUAUUUCCGAACAGCAACCAGCCACGCUAGCAACAACUACUGUCACCAUGCAUGCGCCCGCCCCUCAAAAGAAUACUUCUUCGUCGCUAAUUAGUCCAGCCACUCAGCCGAAACGCGGCAAUGCUGUGAAGCUGAAGAAAUCGUCUGCGGAGCAGAAGCCACGCAGUUCAGCAGCGCCAAGCCGCGGCCACAAUUCCAUAGUUCCUGCCUUCGGAUCGAUUUCUGCAUCGACCAGUGCGACUGCCACUGCGACAUCCGCCAAUCCAUGGUGCACAAAUACACCACAGGUCACAGCGGCAGUGCCAGCCACUGUCGCAGCCGCAGCCGCAGCGUCUGUGCCCAGCAGUAGCAGUAGCAACACGUUUAGUGUAGCUUUUAGUAGCGCGCAUCGACGCCCAAAUGUCGAUCCAAAUGGUUGAGCAGGCGCGCAAAAGUAUUAAGUUAAAGGGAAAUUUAGGAUUAACGUGCAUACAUAAGUUUGGAGGGUAAAACUUUAUAAGAGUAAAUGAAGGAAAAUUUAAAAAUGAAACACAUUCAGGAUAAAAAUAGUGAUUAGGCGUCAACGCUGUCGCUGCCGCCUCAGGCAUAUGUAGGCGGGCACGCGCGUGCGCUUCAAACGUAAAGAAAACAUACAAACUACAAAGCAGUAAACAUAAACAUUCCAAAACCUAAGUAUGUGUAUACAUACAUACAUAAACAUAGGAAAUAAACAUACAUAUACACACCUAUAGAAAGUAGCAAUAGGAAUAAUUAGGUAUACCGCAAAUCACUGCAAAAUUUGUUGGACAUAUGAAACGACCGCAUUUUAUAAAUGCGCCAAUAUGGCUAUUUUAGCAGCUGCAAAGCGUUUAGUGGCUGAUGAUAUAAACGUACAUACGUACAUUUUAAAUGCAUUUAGUGAAUCUUAUAUGUACAUAAAAAAAUGCCUAUUUAUGCAGUAACAAUUUAUAGAUGCAAUUCACUCACACACACAUAUGCGAACCUACAUACAUACAUACCUUCCACAGCAGCUAAAACAAAUUUUUAUUUACACAAACGUUGCAUGCAUAUAUAUAUAUAUAUAAAAGGUAUGAAACUUACAGAGAUACAUAGUUGAAAAUUAUGAAGGACAAAUGAAACUUAGCAGGAGCAUAUGAAGCUAAACGAUUUUGGAGUAGCGAAAGGUUCUCCUAUAAAAAUACAUUGCGAAAAUUUAGCCAAUGUAAACGAAUUCUUUAGGAGGUCGGAUUUCAAUAUUUUGCUGCAAAGUUAUUCAGUUAAUUUGUUUGUUUUCAAUCAACUGAGGCUAAAAUUGCUGUAGUUUAAUUUAGUGAAGUAAUCUUAGAGUACAUACAGAAAUUUAUUAUUAUUAUUAAUAUUUUCAUUUACUUACAUAGUUUUUAUAGUUGUUGGUAAUAGUGCUUUUAGGGGUUAGCAAGGGAAUUGGUGAUUUUUUUUCAAGUUCAGUUCCUAAUAUGUGUUUACAUUUUCUAAUCAGGUAAGAACAGUUUAAAAUUUGAAAUAAAUUAUUUGUCGCAAAUCUAUUUCAAUGACGGGGUAAAAAAAACACAAGAAAAUUGCACAGACUUUUUAAAUUACCUGGUACAAGUCGUAUGUCGAUAAACGCAGUGCAACAUUCAAAAAGUGAUGGAAAUGAGAUCAAUUGCAUUCAUUUAGGCAGGUCAAAAUAUGAUUAGAUACCAAAGGAUUUGUAAAAGUUUGUUAUCAUUAUAUCGAUUUGAAGUUGUAGAUCUAAGGUUUCAAAAACGAACAAAUACAAUUGUAUAUAUUCUAGACCAACAGUGGGCAAACGCGGCUCUUUGCUUAGCAAAGUGCGGCUCUUUUUACUUUCCCUUUGCUUAGCACAUUUUGGCUGUUUUUUACUUUUUAAAAUACAUAUUUCUUUGCUAGACAUUUAUUUCCGUUGUGAUGUUUUUUAUUUUAUUCUUUAUAUACACACACACGAAAAUUAAGAUCGGAACAUUACCUGCAAUGGGAGAUUGAAAAUUGGCUUUCUGACUAAAUGUUCUUUACCGAUAUGAUGCGACAUUUGCAAAGCUUGAAUUCGUCUCUACAAGGAGAGAAAAAAACUGUUUUUGAUUUGUCGCAAAUUACUUACAAGUUUUGAAGCUAAACU